CUCAGCCGCUCGCCCGAGCAGGAGCAUCCGCGCGCCGGGGAGGAGAGAGGAGGAGGAGGAGGAGGCAGGCAAAAGUCCCAGCCCUUCGCCUUCGGGGGGCUCGCUUGCCCUUUCGAAGCUCUUUUGGACUGCUUGAUUUGUUUGUUUUCGUCUCUCUCUCUCCGCCGGCCCCCUUUCCUCCGGUCUCGCUCCCCCCCCCGCACCUUCUUUAUUUUCGUGAAUCAAUCCUCUCUCUCUCUCCCGCUUUCUUCAUUUUGAUCCCAGCCCGGUUUGCUUUUGGGGAAGUCUGGAGAGGGGGCAGAGGAAAGAAGAAAGACUUUGUGUUAAGAAACGCAUCGAGGAAAGAGAGAGAGAGAGAGAGAAUCAGCGGCAAAAAGAAGAGGGAAAGGAGGACCAAUUGGGGAAAGCCAGAGCGAGAUCUGCCCAGCUAAAAAGGCAGAGUCGCGCGUUUUUCGGUGGCUUCUCGGAUAUUUCCUCUCGCUGGCUGCCCCCUCUUCCUCCUGCUGCUCCUCGUCCCCUAUCCGGGGGUAAAGGCAUCCUCCUCCGAGCACCCAGAUAAAUAACGGCAGAAAGAGAGAGGGGGAAACUCCAUCCUUUGCAACUCUCCAGCCAUGGUAGGAAGGGCUCAGCCCGAUCGGAGACAAUUCCCGCUGGUCCUACUGAGAUUGCUCUGCCUUCUCCCCACAGGGCUGCCGGUUCGCAGCGUGGAUUAUAACCGAGGCACCGACAACAUCACGGUGAGGCAGGGGGACACAGCCAUCCUCAGGUGUUUUAUAGAAGACAAAAGCUCCAAGGUGGCCUGGUUAAAUCGUUCCGGCAUCAUUUUUGCUGGACAAGACAAGUGGUCUCUGGACCCCCGAGUAGAGCUCCAACAACUUUCUCUUCUGGAAUACAGCCUCCGGAUUCAGAAAGUGGAUGUCUAUGAUGAGGGAUCAUACACAUGCUCAGUGCAAACACUGCACCACCCCAAGACUUCACAGGUUUAUUUGAUCGUUCAAGUUCCACCAAAGAUAUCCAACAUCUCAUCAGAUGUCACUGUGAAUGAAGGCAGCAACGUGACCCUGGUGUGUAUGGCAAAUGGACGCCCUGAUCCUGUUAUUACUUGGAGACACCUCACCCCUACAGGCAGGGAAUUUGAAGGCGAGGAAGAGUUCCUGGAGAUUCUGGGGAUUACCCGGGAACAGUCGGGCAAGUAUGAGUGCAAAGCUGCAAACGAGGUGUCCACAGCAGAUGUCAAGCAAGUCCGAGUCACUGUGAAUUACCCCCCAACUAUCACGGAAUCCAAGAGCAAUGAAUCUGCUACCGGACGACCAGUUUCACUUAAGUGUGCAGCCUCUGCUGUUCCUACACCUGAUUUUGAGUGGUACAGAGAUGAUACUAGGAUAAAUAAUGCCAAUGGUCUGGAGAUCAGGAGCACAGGGAGCCAAUCUUUCCUAACAGUGGCCAACGUCACUGAAGAACAUUAUGGCAACUACACUUGUGUGGCUACCAACAAACUGGGAAUCACAAAUGCUAGCCUAUUUCUCUACAGACCUGGUACAGGGAUAGCAGGCAAUGGAUCAAUGUGUCUGGCCGUACCACUGUGGCUGUUGGCAGCUUCCGUGCUCUGCCUACUCAGCAAAUGUUAAUAACAUCCGAAUUUUAAAAAAAGGAAAAAAAUAUUAAAAACCCAGCAACAACAAGAACAACACACAAAGCAAAACAAAAAAUAUGUGUCAUACAGGAGACAGAGCAAGAGAAUGAGAGAGAGAGAACGGGGGAAAGGACAGUUUCUUUCACAAUUUUAUGUGUACCGCAACAAAGGGGGGAAAUUUCAGUGAAGAAGAUUCAGCAACAUUUAUUCCAACAAACUGUUAAGUCACUGACCACCCAGGAGUAAAGAAGCCUAGAUGGAUCACUCUAUGGAGACUGGAUCCUGCCAAGGAUGCCAAGAUGCUGUAAAAAAAGAAAUAUCAACAAUGAAAUUAUUGUUAUUCUCUCCAUUCCCUCAUAUCAUUUCCUUCCUUCCUUCCUUCCUUCCUUCCUUCCUUCCUUCCUUCCUUCCUUCCUUCCUUCCUUCCUUCCUUCCUUCCUUCCUGGAAAGAGAUGGCCUUUGCUUUGGUGUUGAUAGUCACAACAUUUUGAUUGGCAUGCUCAUUUCUUAAACUGAUACUUAACCUUUUCAGAUUUCUGGCAAACAGUGAUGCAAAUUUCUGUAGCAUACUGGUGUCCCAUGAAGAAACUCCAUGUGGUCCUUUGUAUGCUGCUUCCCCUAUUAAGCUCUCCCAUAUUUUCCUUUGUACCUUAAGCCCACAAUGUUUUGAUUAUGCCGAAACAUACCAACAUUACUCAUCUGCCCUCUUGUUCUUAACAGGCCUCGCUUUCUCUCAUAAGUGUGUGUGUGUUCACAGACGGGCAGGCAUGGGUGUAUCUGUGUGUGCGUGUCUCUCUCUCAAAAGCAUGCAAAGGGGGCAGCCCCUGUGUACAUAAGCUCAUCAUGCUGUAGAUAAUGACUUGCUGUGUACAUGAGUUCAAACAUUAGCUUGGAUGUGAAUGCAGGGGAGCAAGGACAUGAGCAAAGUCUUCCCCAGCAAAAUUUUGCCUUGACUUCUUUUUGUGAUCCCAGUUUUGAGGAACUGAUCCUUAGCCUUCUCCUGUUCUCCAACUGAAUUCAUCAUGGUAGCUUUCAAAUGGAACGUAUAUAUUGUCCCUGUGUAUCUCUUCAGUUUGCUUUUAUCAGAGCAGGACUGGCGAGCCUGCAAGGCCAUAGAUAGCCAAGUCCCGAAGAGGCUGCUGAAUGAAUUAUAUGAAGAUUUGAGGGUGUCAAAGUCUGGAAUGAGAGAAGGUUGAAUGAGAUUAGAUCUAUUACAUCUCACAAUGUGGACAAAUGUUUGGUAAAUUUCUUGUAACUGCACAGCCCAUUGUCCAGAAAGCUUGUUCUAUCCACUGCCCUCAGGCAAGGCAGCAUCAGGAUCUGCUGAGUAGCUUGGUCAAGGCCAAGCAGGCUCUGUGCAUAAAAGACCAGUGGUCUGGAGUCAAAGAAAUGAGGGAAAUCAACAGAAUCCAGGAGGUUCAGCAGAAGGUUCAGGAGGAAGCCAGAGUGAUUAACUUUGGGACAAAGAGAAGAGUUCCUGAAGAAAGGCUGCUGCAGCCUGAGAUCAGAGUUUCCCAAAUUUGGGUCUCCAGCUGCUGUUGAACUACAGCUCCCAUUAUCCCUAGCUAGCAGAACCAGUGGUCAGGGUUGAUGGGAACUGUAGUCUGAAAACAGCUAGAGAUCCUGCUGUAGAUAGUCAACAAACGAUAUUGCACCAGCCACUGCUACUUACAGCAUGUGUAGCUUGGCUACACAAAACCCUCGCAUUGCUCUGCCCCUUGGUCUUUAUCCUCCAGCCUUUUUGCUAUGCUUAACUUGCACUGGUGGGCAUCUUUUCUGUGUGUGAACUGAAAUAGACAGGGUCAAAGUCAGGUGUGCCUGGUAACUGGGAGAUCUCAGACUUCAUGGGACGACUAGAGAAAAGCAAAAAAAAAAAAAGCCAAUAGAGUGACCCCUCUCCAUUAGGGAUUUUAUCUCACAAUGGUUCUAAAAUUAUUAAUUUUGUGGUUAGUAACCAUUAUGACCCCUGAGCCUGAGCAGCUUUCCAUUCUUUUCCUCCUCUGAUUAGAAAUUUCAGGAGGGUGCGCUGUACUCAACACUCAGCAAUACAUAGCCAUUCUAUAAAGCCAACUUUCUUAUGACUAUGAUAAAAAACAAAUAGAAAUCUGCCAGAAAGAACAAAGUAUUUCUAUUACUACCAUCAUUUUGACUUUAUACCCUUCAAAUAACCAGAAAUACACUUUGUUUGAAACUUAGGAAAGCCUUCUCUCAAAACCUGAGCAGAGGUCUUGCAAAAGGAAGUUUUAAAAAGGUUUGACAGGCAACUACUAUCCACUUGUUGUUUUUUAGUGUAAACUUUUUCUGUGUUAUUUUUUACUGUGGUUGGCUCUUGGCAUUCUUACCACAGAAGUGCAGGAGAUUAAUUGGACACUCAUUAUAAGUUGCAGAUGGAGAUGGAGAAGAGAUUGUGUGUCUCAAGCCAGGUCACUAAGAGGAGUCUGUGCAUCCCUGGCGUGAGUUGGAACCUUAUCUUUCAGUAAUUGAGUCACCUUUGUUUAGUUCAGUACUUUACUUGCACUGGUUUGUCAUUGACAAUUGGGCAUGCAAUUCCCAUUCCUGAUGCCAAAUAUCUCAGAAAGGGCAAGCUGAACUACUUACGAAUUUCUGGCCCAAAGAGGAUGCCUUUAAUUUUUAGAAAUUGCAAGUGUAACUGGCAGCAAGAAUAUAACAUGAAUAUAAUAUGCCCAUGUCAUGUGUUGAUUAAAGGAAAACGAGUGCCCUUCAUAGCUUAUUGUCAAUUGCCUUUUGCCCCAGCCACAGAUUUGGUUAGCCCUCACAAGUGCAAUCCAAUUGUAUGGUCUCAGCUUAUCCAUAAAAGGGGUGGGUUCCGAAAAACAACACUAAGAUUGAUAUAAAUGCUUCUUUCUCUUUGGGGAAUUGUAGAUUCCUCAUCUACAAGGAUGCAGUGGGAGGGAUGGAGGAACUGCAUAAGGGAAAUCUACUCUCUUAAAUUGCCCAGUACUCCAUCCAUAGUUUUCAUUCCACUGAAUUGCUAAGCAACAAAUCUCUCCUUUUCUCAAUCAUUUCAAAUCAGUAUAACUAAACUGUGCCAUCAGCAGUUGUAGCAGCUGAGUAGUUCUAACCUGUAAUGCAAUUCCUGUAUUAGCAAAAGUGGCCAUUUGCGGUUUGGAAAUACAGAUGUAAAGUGGUGUGUGUGUGUGUGUGUGUGUGUGUGUGUGUGUGUGUGUACAUGUGUGUAUGCAUGCUCUCACACAUGCAUUAAGUCCUUCCUUUUACUAUAAUGAGUACCAGUCAUUUACAAAAAGCUCCCUGUAGCUCCAUGCCCACACAGCAAGACAGCUCUCACCUUGAUCAACAGCAUGGCAGAAUCCCCUCCUGCUGCUUUAGCAAUUUAUUUUCGCUGAGGUCUGCAGUUUGGGGCAGACUCAGGCAGUCAAUUAAGCAGGCAUCCAGGCUUCUCAGUACCAUCCUUCCAAGACUUGCAAUUUACUGUUAGACAGUUAGUAUUCCGUAAAGGUAGGAAGCGGAACAGAGAAGUAAGGGGUGGUUGGAGGGUGAGAUAGCAAUACAGACAGGAAAUAGCAUUCAGCUCUUGGGGAAUACCCAACACUGAAUUUUGCUACAGUGGCAUGGGUCUGGCGAGAAAUAAAUUUACAAAGCAAUCCUCCCCACACGCACACACAUGGUGUGCCUUGCAAAAAGGCAAAAACUGCUGCUGCUGCUCAGAUAGAAUGAAUCUCCAAACCACAGUUUAGUUUCAGAGAGAGA